GAUUAAUCGUUUUUCGUUUGGGAAAAAAUCAUGCUUCUGUAGUUUUGUCGUUGUGACAGGCCGGUGGGUGUCACUCCUGGUGCCGUGCUCGCCGUGAGCGGACUCUUUACACGCGUGAGCUACCCCGUAGAAUUAUUACAGGCGACAAGGAUCAUGGCUACCGUUACCGAGCAGAAGGAUGCGGGAAAAGGCGAAUAUUCUUCCACCCGAGGAGCUUCAGACAGAGGACCGCAGACUUCUGACAACACUGAUAGCGACGAAAAGCAUAAUAGCGAAGAUAGCAGCCCGCCAACUGAGCAGGUAGAGAAGAACAGGCGAGAAAAGAUUGCCACACGGGAUCCCUGGGAGAAAAUCAGUCUUGUGAUCUCCCGCUCACUGGACGUCGUAGCUUUGAGCCUUUUUACGAAUGGUUUCAUGACUAGGCUUUUUGUCCAGAAGAUUUUCUUGUUGGGUAACUUACUACUUAUCACCUAGGACUCACACACACACGAACAAACGACCCUUGAAGGGCGAAGGUUCAUGGACACUCAUGCACGUCAAUGCUAGCUCUAAUGUUUGGCUGCAGGUUUUAUCUGGUCUGUGGGUGGGUGAAACGAGUCGAGCCGCUCUGUUUUCUUCGGCACUGUCGGAUGUAUUGGGCAUAGCGUUUGUCGAGGUUCUGCUCUUUUCAGUGACUAUCGGCUUACGGCAGCAUCAGCGGGAUGGUGCAGAAGAUGAGAAUAUACAGAGAAAGGCUAAAACAACGGGCGGGCAUUCAGCAGUGGACGAUAGCGAUCUGGAGAAACGCGCGGCGUUAAAUGGCUUAGGAUCCCUGCGCAGUGCUUCUGAGGAGAAGGAAGAUAGGAGCAGCAAGAAACCAGUCUUGCGCAUGCAGCGACCACUGUUCGCGACGGUCGUGUUCGCGUGGUCAGGCUUUUUCUGUCGCGCCGCCUUGAACAUAAUCGUCUUCGGGACCUUUUUAAUGCGACCAGGUUCCUUCCGAGCAGGAGUGAUGGGUUCCGCGGGGGCUGCCUUGGCAGAUCGCUAUUCUGCUGGAGGCUACUUUAGAUUAGGUGCUAUUCUGGGGAAUGACCCCGAGACAAUUCUGUUAUGGGUCCUGUGUGCAGGUGCAGUCUUAACGCGGCUGCAUCGCUGUGCGGCUAUGCUGUUCCCUGCAUUCUCGCGAUCGCUGGUAUGCGGGCGACUCAGCGUCGCUACACGUGUGGCCGACUGUUUUGCGUUUUUAUACGUGGGAGUUUGCUUUCACUUCCGGGAACGGGCCCGAGCAGGUACUCUGGUUCUGUGUCUGAAUACGCUGCUUUUGGUACUUGAUGCGUUGCAGGUGCGUGAGCACAACGAGAGAGAACGCAUAGCGCAAGUAGAACAUCGCAUUUUGCGCCAGCGGCAACUUCGGCGGGAACGGAAACAACAGCGUGAGGAAGAGCAGCGUGCGCGUGAGGAAGGGCAAGCAGCUCCUGGCGAAGCUAAUACGGGUGAAACGGACAAGGAUGUCAUCAAGAAGAACAUUUGCGAGAUGAAGCGGCCAGCGAAGAAAACUGAAGUCGAAAACGGCAAUGUUGAAGACAGUGGAAGGGAUGUCUGUCAAGAAGACCACAACAAGCUCGCGACGACAGACGAGGAACAGAAGAACAAUAGCAAGCACACGAAAACUGAUGCAAACGAAGAGACCAAGAACAAGUCAACACAUGGAAUGUCUGAACAAAAUGCUGUUGAGAGACAAGUUUUAGUUUCCGAAGGAUCGGGGGGGGUUUCGGCAGUAUGGUCGGCGUAAAGCUGAGUCGCCCGUCUCGUUUCACGAGGCGAACACCAAAGAAAAUGCAUCUGGUGCCAACCACGUGAGAGACGGGGAGACAUCGUGUGCAGCAAAGCAAACGACAUCUUCAAGCAGUGCUCUAUCUCCUGGUGCCACGUUCUGUACGACACGUCGUUUACAGAAGGACUCUGCGAAUACUCCGUGCCCAGAGCAGCAGAACAAGAAUGAGAUUACCAUUAGUGCAACACUGCUGAACGAUCGCACGAUUGGAGCCCAUGAGGCUGGUGCUGGAGGUAUUCUAUUGUCAAAUUCAAGGAAAGAAAGACUUCUCCCUCCGAAUUGACUGGCACUGGCUGUCAACAGCUGCGGGGGGGUGCAGCCUCAUUUCCCCGCAUCUUCAAGAAACACCACCACUGCUGAUGCAACGUAGCGCGUCGCUACCUGCGUGUUAUUGUUCUGCAAGUUGCAACUUCUAUUGCAGGGCUGGAGCAUUUUGCAGCAGGACACGGCAUGCAGAGUCGAACUUUUGUACGAAGCUCGGUAGACGUCAGAGCAUCUCUACGAGUUCAAUAUCUGUAACGAUCUUCGAGGUAGGUCUCAGGGAAGAUUUCAGGUAUUUAUUAUGGAAGGAAAAAACACUGACCCAAGACAAUGCUGG